AUGAAUGUCGCCCAUUCAGCGAGAGGCUCGGCCCUGCGUCUCUCGUUGCCGACAAAUGCCUCAAGAGGGACGAAGCGGACAGUCUGCACUCGCUGCUUAAACGCUCACCAAUUGAGGACUACACAUGCCUUUCAAAGAUCACGACCGUUAGCGUACAGGGCAGCGCAUGCGCGUGUUAGCUUUCCCAGCGCGUACAAUGGCAGGACCAUUCCAAAAACGCCUCUGCGAGGGUUGGCGACAGUGAGCAGUGAUGAUCCAAGCACGGGACCGCUCGCAGAAUAUGAAAGACGAGUAGCGCAAGGCAGGCUCAAAGAUGAUGAUCACCAGAGAGGGGUCAUCAAGCACCUCCAAACCCUCCACGAGACCCUCAAGGGGUACAAUCCCGCGCCAGUCGAACAUCCCACAAUUGAAUCUUUACAACCGCGCAAGAAAUCCAUUCUCGGAUCACUCUUCUCGAGCUCCUCCAAGGCGCAUAAGACACAAAUACCCCCUGACCUGCCCAAGGGACUCUACAUGUAUGGCGAUGUCGGUAGCGGCAAGACAAUGAUGAUGGACCUAUUCCACGAUACUUUACCACCUAACAUCACCUCGAAAUCGCGCAUCCACUUCAACAAUUUCAUGCAAGACGUGCACAAGCGUCUUCACCUUAUGAAGAUGAAGUACGGCAACGACGUUGACGCCGUUCCUUUCGUUGCCGCAGACUUGGCCGAGCAAGGACGAGUAUUCUGCUUUGACGAAUUCCAAUGCACCGACGUGGCCGACGCCAUGAUUCUGCGGAGACUUUUAGAAGCCCUCAUGUCCCACGGCGUCGUCCUCGUAACCACAUCAAACAGACACCCAGACGAACUGUACAAGAAUGGCGUCCAGCGCGAGUCCUUUAUCCCCUGCAUCACCCUCCUCAAGACCCAACUCGAGGUCAUCAACCUCGAUUCACCCACCGACUACCGCAAAGUCCCUCGUCCGCCAUCAGGCGUUUAUCAUUUCCCGCUUGACGGAAACGCUCAGGUCCACGCAGACCGAUGGUUCAAUUUCCUCGGCGAUCUUCAAAACGAUCCCCCGCACCCGGCCACGCAUCGCAUCUGGGGCCGGAAUCUCCACGUGCCCCGCGUCAGCGGCAACGCCGCCGUCUUUACCUUUGACGAACUCAUCCGCCAGCCCAAGAGCGCGGCCGAUUACUUGGAGCUCAUGCGUCGGUACCAGGCAUUUAUCGUGACCGACGUCCCUGGCAUGACGCAUCGCGAGAGAGACCUCGCCCGACGAUUCAUCACCUUUAUCGAUACCGUAUAUGAGAGUAGGGCCAAACUCGUCCUCACCACCGCCGUGCCUCUAACCCACCUCUUCCUAUCCAAAGAAGAACUCGCCGACGCACUGCGCCAACAACAACAGCACGAAGGCGUUAAUACAUCCCCCUCCCCCUCUUCCCCCUCUCCAUCCUCUCCAUUCUCCUCUUCCUCCUCUUCCUCCUCUUCGUCGGCGACGAAACCACAGGACGUCAAUAAUGACACCGACACCGACACGGACGACACCUCCGCGAUGAUGCACCUCCUCGACGACCUCGGCACGAGCCACAACAUGGACGUCCUUCAGAACAGCCACCUCUUCACCGGCGACGAGGAGCGCUUCGCUUUCGCCCGUGCCCUCAGCCGCUUGACUGAAAUGGGAAGCAAAGAUUGGGUCGAGCGCGACUUGAGCAGCCCUGCCAAGGACGCCGAUCUCGCCUUUUCUGACCAGGGCAAAGCACACCUAGGAGGAGGAGCAAAACCCGACGAUGAUGAUAAGAUAAAGAAGAAAGUAGGUCCAAGUGGUGGCGGCGCAGAGGAUAUGCAUACCAGAGAGGACUGGAGCGGGGAGGCGGAAAAUGAUAAUGGGCGCGCUGAAGCGCUGAAGCAGUGA